ACCUGCUUCAUUUUCCAGGCUUAGUUAAACCUGCUUCAUUUUGCAGGCUUAGUUAAACCUGCUUCAUUUUCCAGGCUUAGUUAAACCUGCUUCAUUUUGCAGGCUUAGUUAAACCUGCUUCAUUUUCCAGGCUUAGUUAAACCUGUUUCAUUUUGCAGGCUAGUUUGACCUGCUUCAUUUCCAGGCUUAGUUAAACCGGCUUAAUUUUUCAGGCUUAGUUAAACCUGCUUCAUUUGCGAGGCUUAGUUAAACUUUCCUCUUUUUUCCAGGCUAGUUUGACCUGCUUCAUUUCCAGGCUUAGUUAAACCUGUGUCAUUUUCCAGGCUAGUUUGACCUGCUUCAUUUUCCAGGCUUAGUUUAACCUGCUUCAUUUUCCAGGCUUAGUUAAACCUAAAUUUGUUUAGCCCAUUUUGUCUAACCAGGUUUAUCCAUCUGGUUACUUUAGCCUGGUUUUAUUGAGCCUGGUUGGUUUAGCCUGGGUUAAGUUCUGGCCCCCCAGCAUGCUGUCCUGGCCUCGUAGACCUCUGGGACUCUGAUUCCUCGUAGACCCUCCCGGGUUCAGAGAUGCUGCAGCGCUCCGCGCGGCGGGAAGCGGACGGCAGCGAGCGUCCGCGUGCGGCACGGGAGCGUCUGGAGGCCACCGUGUCCGGUCUGGGCGAGCUGGAGCUUCUGCGGCGGCGGCAGGAGGAGCUGGUCAGAGCGGUUCUAAGGGAGGAGGAAGAGGAGGAGCAGGAGAGAGAGGAAGAGGAGGAGGAGCGGCGGAGGGAGGUCCAGCUGAGCUCUGAGGAGAAACUCCUGGAGGAGAACAUCCUGCUGCUGCGGAAACAGCUGAACUGCCUGAGGAGGCGGGACACCGGUCUCAUCAAUCAGCUUCAGGAGCUGGACCGUCAGAUCAGCGACCUGAGAUUGGACACCGAGCGGUCACAUGACCCACCAGAGACUGACAGUAGACCCAGCUCAGGUUUCUAUGAACUCAGUGAUGGAGCGUUAGGAUCUCUGUCUAACUCAUCUAACUCAGUCUUCAGCGAAUGUUUCUGUUCAACAACAGAGACAGACGGACGACUGCUGUCUACAGAUGAGCUGGUCAGUUGUCUGGACUGCGACGGUCUUAUUGGAGGAUUUUGUGAUGACUCAGCUUUCUGUGGGACGGUCCGCCGCUCGCUCUCGGCUCCUCAGCCCCCCACCAUAGACCCGGCCCCCCCUGACUCUCAGUCCAAGUUCCAGUGUGACCUGGUUGCACCAAAUGGCAGCGAGGUUUACCGCUACCCUAGCCCGCUGCACGCCGUGGCGGUCCAAAGCCCUGUGUUCCUGCAGAAGGUCAGCCCAGACGCCGUCAGCAGAGAGGAGGAAGGAGGAGCUCUGAAAAUAGACUGUGUCCCUCAGAGCUCCUCCUGGACCGCCCCCUCCUCCUCCUCACUGACUCAGAAAAGACUGGACGGCUACAUCCUGGGUCUGCUGCAGAGGAGAGCCCCGCCCCCCAGGACCAACAGACCCCGGACCAGCAUCAGUGCAGAGGCUUCAAAGAGCGUCCUGAGGCCAGCGCUCUGCGGGAGACAGCUGUCUGCACCCUGCCCGGGGGGCGGAGCUUUAUGGGGAGCAGAACUGAGACAGCCACGACUUCCUGGAGGAGGGGGAGGAGCCAUGAUCUCGUCUCCUCAGAGGACAGUGGAGCUUCAGAGUCCCCGCCUCUCUUUUGAGAACGCCCCUGAUCAUCUCCUCAGGGACUGCCCUCUGCUCGUCGUCAGCCAUAUUGACUCGAGCCCACUCCUACAGCCAGUACAGAGGCUCCUCCCACCAUCAGACACUCCGCCUAAAGACCAGAGAGAGCUGGGCAGGCCCAAAGAUAACUCUGCCCCGAAAGAGACCAAAGCGCCAUGUGCCCCUCUGGAGGAGUCACAGCUCUUAAGACCACCCCCAAACAUCACACAAACACCAUUAGCCCCGCCCACCAGCCCUCCAUCUAUGCAGACAGGAUGCACCGAGACAUCAGUCAGCGGCAACAACGACAUUUUUGCAUUCAUUGACACAGGGGGGCGGGGCAUCAAUGAUGAUACUAAAGCCACACCCCCCCAGCAGCAGAAUGUCAGACUCAGUCAGACUGGAAAUGCCACUGGGGCUGUCGGCGCCAUCAAUGCUGUCGGCGCUGUCAGAGCAAAGAGCGCCGGUCUGCAGACAAGUCAGACUGCCGAAUACAGUGAACCUUCAUCUCGGAGACGAGGGGAGGGGCCACAUCUCCGGUCAGGCACUAAAAAGACCCGCCUAUCAGAGGACAAAGGCUCCGCCCACAUCAGAGCCUCCAGAAGAGCAGCAGGGGGCGUCAAAGGGCUGACCCCCUCCAGGAUCAAACACCUCCCUGCACCGAUCCCAGAGGGCCGAGUCCUGGACAGACACACCCCGGACUCACCCAGAGACCAUCACCACAACAACCAUCACCAUAGACACCGUCACCAUGGGAACCACCACCAUGGCAACCAUCACCACAGUGCUAACAGACAUCACCAUGGUCACCAUCACCACGGUCGUGACCCUGUCGUGGUCGUCGCCAAACCAAAGUACAAACGUAGCGUUUACCGUCGGUUAAGAACCACCGCUGAGCUUCCUUAUGAUGAGGCGUUACGGCGAGCUCAGCGGCGCCAGAGGAAGGAACUGCUGAGUCACUGUAACAGGUUCUUCUCCGCUGAACGGCCAAUGAACAGCCCAUACUCCGCCUACAUGGCAGGAAGUGACUCUGAGUACUCGGCCGAGUGUGCCUCGCUCUUCCACUCCACCAUUGCCGACACCAGCGAGGACGAGCGCUCCAACUACACCGCCAACCGCUUUGGAGACAGCGAGUCCAGCGGGGACGAGUACGUGGACGAGAGCGCCGCCACCAGUGACACAGAGGAGAGCGGCGGAGGCGGGGCUGGUAGGGGAUGGAGCCAUUUAGAGGCUGCAGGAGGCAGGGCGACUGGACAGGAAGUGACAUCAGCUCAGACAGAUGCCUUUGUCAAAAUAAAAGCCUCCCACACGCUGAAGAAGAAGAUCCUCCGCUUCAGGGGGGGGUCGCUCAAACUCAUGACCACGGUGUGAGUCAAGACCCGCCCACACUGAGAACUAGAACCACAGGAGUCUGAAGACCCAUCCACACUGAGAACCAGAACCACCAGAGCUAAGACCUGCCAGAACUGAGAACCAAAUCCAACACCUGCUGAGGUGCCUAAGCCGAAAUCCUGGUGACUGUGGAGCUUUCUAAAGCCUGUCAUGUUCUGUUACGGUACCUUCCACAGACUGGUUUGGUACAGUAGAACAGAGUCACCCUAGACCUGACCCUGGUAGGCCAGGGUCAGGGAUGGUUCUUCAGUAGAUCCUCUGGAUGGUUCUCCAGGAGGUUCCUCACAGUUUUACAGACAUCUCUGAUUGUCUUCUGAAGGUUCUUCAGCAGGUCGUCUGGAUGGUUCUUAUUGGGUUUUUCUCCUGCACUUUGGCACUGACGGUCAUCAGAGAGGAUGGACGUUUAACCCCUUGUGUCUUGUUUUUGUACGUAGCCUUCUUUUGUAUUUAUGUUCACGUGAUCUUCAGCUCGCCACGCGUCUGUAUGUGCUUGUGUUUUCUGCUGAGUCAGAGUGAAGUGUGAUGAAUCUAUUUAAUAUAUUUGCUGGGUCCAUGUGGACUCUACCGAGGUACUCUGAUCUUUUGAUAAUGUUUAUACUGGCAGCCUGACGUGUCUUUAUCUCUAACGCCACCACUGAUGCCAUUACAACUUUUCUACAGCCUUUAGAUGUCUGCAUUAAUCUGUGUUAAUCUGGGUUAAUCUAGGUUAAUCUGGGUUAACCCAGACCAACGUUUGUGCUUUUUUUAAAGUUUUUAGCGUCUGUUUGGUGAAUAAAGAUUCUUCUAAACUGAACCAGAGUUAGUAGGUUUGGGUUAACCCUGUAGGUUUUUCUGUUAGUGUGAAUCAAAGGUCAAAGGUCAGCACUGAUGGAAUCUGCUCAUUUCUAACUCUAACAGAAUAAAACCUUUAGACUCUUCUCUGUGCUCAGUCUUUCUACGCUUCAUUAAAUGAAAACCUGAAAACCUCA